AUGGCCCCCCACGACGACCAUAUUGUCUAUAUGAAAAUGGCCCUAGAGGAAGCCGAGAAAGCGGUCCCAGUUCCAGGUGCUUUUUGCGUCGGAUGCGUUCUCGUCGCGCGCCUCCUACACAAGUCUGUCGUGCUCUCCACCGGCUAUUCUCGAGAACUUCCAGGAAACACACAUGCAGAGGCAAAUGCAUUGGCCAAGGUUGCGGAAAUAUCACCAAAGGAAUGGUCAGCGCUGUCCGAGUCAUAUGAAGCCUCCUCCGAUCUGAGCAAGAUCCUAGAAUGCACGGACGUCUACACCACUCUGGAGCCUUGCUCAAUCAGGACAUCGGGUCUAAGCCCCUGUGCAGACGCCCUUAUCAAAGCAAAGGUGCGACGAUGUAUCAUUGGCGUCAAUGAGCCCCCCGAUUUCGUCAAAUGUGAGGGCGCAGAUCGCCUCAAGGCUGCCGGGAUUGAAGUUAUAUGGCUCAGUGGCAUGGAGGAAGAUUGUCUUCGUGUAGCAAGGAAGGGACAUUAA